CAAAUUUAAAGAAUGAUUAUUGAACUUACAAAAGAAUAGUUAACCUAUAUUAAAACAAGAUUACCAUAUGAUUAUUAUUUAGUUAGAGUAUUAAUUAAUAUCAUAACAAGAAAGGUGAAUAAAAACAAGAAAAUGAUGGUUUAAAUCCAAUUUAAGAAGAAGAAAGAAACAAAUGUAUCAAAAUCAUUGAUGAUCUAAAAAGAACUGAAUAAUACAAAUAAUUGACAAAUAAAGAUAUGACAAAUACAUUCAAUAAAUAAUUUACAAGAUUAUUUAUGAAAAUUGAUGAAUAAUAUAAAAAGAUGAAAAAUGAACAGUUAAUAAAAAUGUAAUUUUAUAUAUGUAGAAAUAGGACAAAUAUUAUAGCUAAAUUUUAUAAAGAUUUAAAUUCUUUAUUCAUCAAAAGUAAAAUUCUAUCUUCAAAUUCUGAAUCUAUAAAAUUAAUUGAUGAAUUAGAUUCAAGAUUUAAAAUUUUAUUUGAACCACUUUAAAAAAAAUGUUAAGAAUAGAUGCAAAAACAUUUGAAUCAAUUAUUAAAUGGAGAAAUAAAAAAUAAAAUUAUUAUUAAACACAAAUAACCUUAAAGUGAUUAAGAAAAAAAAGAUUUAUUUGAAAAAUUAAGCAAGCUAUCCUCAAGUUCAAUAAAAUAAAUUUUAAAAUAUUUAAAUGUUAAAACCUAAGGAGAAUAUCUAUUUGAUAUAGAAAAAUUAGACACUAUUUAAUUUCGAAAAUUAUAUUAAUUUGUUAAACAAAGAUCUGAAAGGAAAGCCUUAAAUAAAUAAUUAUAAAAAUAUUGUAAAGAACAAAAUCUUGAUUAAGAUGAAUAUUCUUAUCAAUCCUUUUUGUCUGAUUCUAAUGAGUUAUUAAUAAAUUGA